CGUCUCCGGCGGGCCGAAAAUGGCGGAGUACCUGGCGUCCAUUUUCGGCACAGAGAAGGACAAGGUCAAUUGUUCCUUCUAUUUCAAAAUCGGCGCUUGCAGACAUGGCGAUCGCUGCUCAAGAUUGCACAACAAACCGACCUUCAGCCAGACCAUUUUGAUACAAAACAUCUACCGCAACCCCCAGAACAGUGCACAGACUGCCGACGCGUCGCGCUGUCCCGUCAGUGAUGUGGAAAUGCAGGAGCACUAUGACGAGUUCUUUGAGGAGGUCUUCACGGAGAUGGAGGAGAAGUACGGUGAAGUGGAGGAGAUGAAUGUGUGCGACAACUUGGGGGACCAUCUCGUCGGCAACGUUUAUGUCAAGUUCCGUCGCGAAGAGGAUGCGGAAAAAGCCGUCAUGGACUUGAACAACCGCUGGUUCAACGCCCAGCCCGUCCAUGCCGAGCUCUCGCCUGUCACUGACUUCAGGGAAGCUUGCUGCCGCCAGUACGAAAUGGGAGAGUGCACCCGAGGCGGAUUCUGCAACUUCAUGCACCUGAAACCGAUAUCCAGGGAACUCCGACGAGAGUUGUACGGACGCCGCAGAAAAAGGCAACAUUCUCGCUCGCGUUCUCGGGAAAGACGCUCCCGCUCGAAGGAUCGGCGGCGGGACCGUGAGAGGCGGAGGUCGAGAGAUCGAGAACGCUCAGGACGGUUCUGAAGGCGGACAAUGGAACAAUCUACCGAAAUCCGUCUUGGGAAAAAACAAAAAAAAACAAAAAAAUAAACCCAAAAAACCCUGAGAGUGAAAAUGGUUAUUUAGACUUUUGGUGAAUUGUUCGUGUUUUUCUUUGAUCCCUUUUUUUAUGAACAGCAGGUCGCUUUCUCAAUAAAACAGAUUUGUUACACUGCAUUGUUUACUUCAGAAAAUAUGAAUCCCUUCAUUCCUAUGGAAAUUUUUUUUUUGAGAUGCACAUGUGCUACAUUCCAACAUGUGGGAAAUAAUUAA